CAUUCUGUGUUAGGAACUGGAACAAACGCAUGUUACAUGGAGAAACUAGAAAAUGUGGAACUUUGGGAUGGAGAUCAAGAAGAACCUCGACAAGUCAUUAUCAACACAGAGUGGGGAGCGUUUGGUGACCAUGGCUCUUUGGAGUUUGUACGAACACGUUAUGACAGAGAAAUUGAUUCGGCUUCACUCAACCCUGGAAAGCAGUUGUUUGAGAAAAUGAUUUCUGGCAUGUACAUGGGGGAGCUUGUUCGUCGUGUCUUGGUACACCUUGCUGAGGAUUUGAUGUUCAGCUCGAAGCUUUCUGAGAAAAUGAAGACCCCCUAUCUCUUCAAGACAAAGUACAUUUCUCAGAUUGAAAGUGACCCCCGAGGUGUCUAUGAAGAAGCCCACAGUGUAAUGGUGAAGAUGGAUAUGGUUGGCACGGAUGAAGACUGUGAGAGCCUUAAGCUCAUCUGUGCCCGUGUGUCAUCACGUGCUGCCCACCUGGUGUCUGCCGCUGUGGCCACCAUCCUAAACAAGAUGAAGCGGCCUCACACCACUGUGGGUGUUGAUGGCUCAGUGUACCGGUUCCACCCGAGAUUCCAUGCACUUAUGGAGGCAAAAAUUGCCGAACUUGCCAAUCCUCAGUAUAAGUUUGACCUGAUGCUUUCUGAAGAUGGAAGUGGUCGUGGUGCUGCCCUGGUUGCAGCUGUUGCUGUACGCACAAAGAAAGAGAAAUCUACCAAAAGCCCUUGAGACAACAACACUGAGCCUUCAUUGUGCUGCAGAGUCUGUUUGUUGUGAGACGCUAUUUAUUGGACACCACAUUAAAAUUUGCCAAACUCUUCAGUCUUGCUGCAGGGCUUGAGGCUUUUCUUGCAAUCAGAAAUGACAGAGCAGGAAUUACAGCUAGAGGUACUCGUUUAAGCCUCUUGGCCUUCUUACGCACUUAAACUGUUUAGCAUGAGGGGGAGAAAACAGGAGCAUGCAAUGUAUGUGAUACAUGUAGAGAUUGGUUGCGAAAAAUAUGCAUGUUAGUGCCAUGUGUUGUAUGUGGUACUAUAAGCAGAGAAAUCAACAAUAAGCAAUCACAGGUGCCUUGUUUGGCUUAGGUGCUGGUUGCAUCCAAGAGUCCCUGUCCAAUUCUGCCAGUAAUAUUGCAGCUACUCUCAUGGAUGAUUACUGCCCUGUCAGCCCUGCACUUGGAAACAAAUAUUACUAUGGCACAUCUCAUGUUGACACCCAUGUCAUCACAUUCAAAUGCAAUCUCAUUGUCUGUUAGUGUAAAUUUUGCUGAUGGCACUUUGUGCCACAAUUUCUGGUGGUAGCUUAUGUUUUAGGACCAUCAUGGCACUACAGUUCUUAGCAGCAAAUCAUUUUUGAGUUCACUGGUGCAUUCUUCCGGUGCAUUUGAAAUGUCAGCGCAUUCUUCCAUGGGUAUGGGGGAUGACUAGUCAAAGAAGCAUUUUACAAGCUGUAUUGUUUGUCUUAACUGUGGCACAUUGGUUUAAAAGGUGCUAUCAACUGCAGGAUGCCAUUUUUAAGCACUUGGUCUUUAAUGUUUAAUUUUAGUUCAUUUUAAGUACUUUGCCACUGGAUGUCUUGUCACUUGUACAGUUGAUUUUAAAGACUGCUGUCGUCAUGUGGUAAUCUCCUUGCAGUGUCCUGCACUUUGAUCUUCUUGUGAUAUUUUUUUUAUUGUGUGUAUGUAUGUGCAUGUGUGUGUGCUUCAUGUGUAGCUGUAGGGCUUCCAGUUGGCCCCUGGUUAGAAACGUUGGAAUUUGCAUAUUGCAGGACAUUCCAAGAACAGGUGUAAAGUAAACCAGUUUCGAUUUCAGAUACAACAUGUUCAUGUAACGCAGAUCCGUUAAUUUUAUGCAGUUGAACUGCCUGUGUUAAGGUAUGAGGAAGAUGAUGCUCCCCAGUCCUGUUAUGCACUUAAAUUACCUGUGUUGAAGUUUAUACAAAAUUUCACUCCCAAUAUUCAUUUUGCCAUUUCAUUUUGUUACAGUAAGUUUUAUUUUUUGCAUGAGAUCAGUAGUCUAUUAUGCGUGUUUAUUGACUUGUGCCAAACUCAACGAUUAUGUGCAUCCAGUCUGUUUUGAUGUUAUGGGUGCUGUUUAGUACUGCAUUUGUUUUGCACCACUUGUAAGGAGUAUAUAGUUCCAGGCACAUCAUAGCAUUUGUUUCUUUGUUUUAAGGCAACCUCUAUUAAGUGGUAUUACUGUUGCAUGAUGUUGACACACUAUUUCGUGAAAUCUUGCCAUUGUGGUGAGGGCCCUGGAUUUGCUCGUAGUUUGGCUUGUAAAUAGCAUUGUAGGUGAAAUCUGGUAGCCUGCUUAUUUAGUAAUUUUUAGGUUGAGAUCCCUUCUGCCUGUGCUUGCCUUUUCUUUGUAAAAAGUGGCUUUGCAAAAGGGUACUACUCUUAAAACGUGUGCAGAGAAACCACGUUUUGUUCUUGAGAUUUCAGGUUGCAUUAUGGAUACAAUUUUUUAUUUGUUCUGUGAAAAAUAUUGAUUAGAGUGACCAGAAUCUUUCAAUAAAUAGAGUACAAAGAG